AUGACACCAAUAAGGUCGGUAGGCCGGUUGAUAGGAAGCGGGAUGGAUUCUUGGAAGGAUAAAUUCGCAAAGGUGCAAGUUAAAGAGUCAGAACUGCCCUCUUCUAUACCGGCGCAGACCGGUUUGACUUUUAAUAUAUGGUACAGUAAAUGGUCCCAAGGGUUGGGUGGGAAUACACGAUUCGUCAGUCCCUUUGCUUUGCAGCCGCAACCUCAUUCCGGAAAGACUAGGGGUGACAAUGACGGCGAGUUGUUUUUCUGUCUCUUUUUCGCAAAGGGUAUGUGCUGUCUUGGCUCCAAAUGUCGCUAUCUGCAUCAUAUCCCGGACGAAGAUGAUGUGAGCAAGCUAUCUCUAAGAACAGAAGUGCUGGAUUGCUUUGGUAGAGAAAAAUUUGCCGAUUAUAGAGAUGAUAUGGGUGGGGUUGGUUCGUUCAGGAAGAAAAAUAAGACACUCUACGUUGGUGGUAUUGAUGGCGCAUUGAAUAGUAAGCAAUUAAAGCCUACUCAGAUUGAAAGCAGGGUACGGUUUGUAUUUUCCCGGUUGGGUGACAUCGAUAGGAUACGAUACGUUGAGGACAAAAGUUGCGCAUUUGUGAAAUUUAAACAUCAAGCCAGUGCCGAAUUUGCCAAAGAGGCAAUGAGUAACCAGACGUUGCUACUACACAGUGAUAAGGAAUGGGACGACAGAAAGGAAGGAACAGGGCUGCUGGUGAAAUGGGCUAAUGAGGAUCCUGACCCUGCCGCGAAAAAGAGGCUUUUGGAAGAACAGAAACUAGAGUCCCUGAAUAUGAUGGUACGUCUACUUAACAAAAGCAAUAACAAUAGUACCGAUACCACGUCCAGCAAGGAAGCGAAGAAAAGUCCAGUUAAGGAGAUAUCGAUUGGUUUACCUCCAGGAGUAAGCGUUAGUAACUCUAAGAAAAGAUCACUACCCAUAGACAAUGGAAUGGGGGGUGAUGACUUUAUAGAAAGUUUGAAGAAAUUAAAAAAGGGUGCUACCAAUGUAGAUGAUUUUCCAACAAAGUCAUCUGCUAGCGCGUCAAAUGGCCCCUUGAUAGACUACCUUUCCUCCGAUGAAGAUUAG